AUGCAGUCGAUAGCAUUUCCUGGAGUGAAUUAUGGACUCCAGGUCGGUGACAACUCUGGCCAUAUUUCCGCCGAGUUCCACCUUCCUCCAGUGCGACCUGAAGCACCACCAAAGCCCUUCUCCACUGUCCCGUUUGCUCGAGAUGACGACUACGUUGCCUGUGGCUCGAUACUGGACGAGAUCCAAGCGAGGUGUGCAAGACCAGCAUCGAGGACAGCGCUUGUGGGGCUGGGUGGUGUUGGAAAAUCGCAAUUAGCUAUUGAAUACUCCUAUCGCGUGCGCGACGACUCGCCUGAGACGUGGGUUUUCUGGGUCCAUGCUAGUAACGCAUCACGUCUUGAGUUGAGCUACCGAGAAAUCGCCGACCGUCUCGAGCUUCCUGGACGGCACGAUGCUACGGCCAACGUUCUCCAGCUGGUGAACGACUGGCUCUAUAAUUCGAAGCAUGGGAAAUGGAUUUUGAUACUGGAUAACCUCGAUGAUGAAAGUCUGCUGGACGACCCACUGCAUGAUAGUCAGGUGAUUGACAACGGCGGCCAGACGAGCCCAGUGCACAAACCGCUGCUAGGACUGCUCCCUCGCUGUCCUCACGGGGCGAUCAUCUUCACCACGCGAAACAAGGCGGUGGCACUGAAAUUAGUUAGCGGCCGCGACAUUUUCUACAUCAACCCAAUGGAUGCACCGUCCGCACUGGCCCUUCUACAAAAAAAGCUUACAAUCGUCACGGCGGAUGAGGAAGAAGCGGCAAAGCUUCUCGAAGCCCUCGAAUUCAUGCCACUGGCAAUUAUUCAAGCCUCUGCUUUCAUAGAGUACCAUGCUCCGAGGUACUCCAUUACCCGAUAUUUGAAGGACUUCGAAAAUAACGCGCAUAUUCUGGACCACGAGUCUGCGCAGCCUCAACGGGAUUAUGAAGCAAGUAACUCCAUUCUGAGAACGUGGCAGAUAUCAUUCGACUAUAUCCGACAAUCGAGACCGACUGCAGCAGAUCUUCUGUCUCUGAUGAGCUUCUUUGAUCGACAGGGCAUCCCGGAGUUGCUACUUCGAAGCACGAUCCAAGAGAGGGAGAAAGAUGGCAAGAUUACCAAGCACAAGGAUGAGAAACAGGUGACGAAAAGAUCAACCGAUGGCGAUUUGGACUUCGAAGAAGACCUCCGUACUCUCCGAGAAUUUUCAUUCAUCGCAAUUAGACAGGAUCCCAAGAUUUUUGAAAUGCACAGACUCGUUCAACUUGCUAUAAAGGGUUGGUUGGAGAAGGAAGGGCUCAUCUCACGGUGGCUGGGAGUAUCGAUGGGCAGCAUUGAUCGCAUAUUCCCUUUCCAACCCGAGGCUCAGGCCAGAUAUCAAUUUCUAUUCCCCCACCUCAAACAGGCAGUGGCCGAACAACCAACCUUGAUAACAUUGAUGCCUAGUUGGGUCUCGCUACUUAUGAAAGGUGUAAGUCAUGCGGCAUCCUGCGGCGAUUAUAGAGCAAUGGAGCAAAUGGGAAAGACCCUUCGAGAUGCGAGUGAGCAGCUUUUUGGCUCAGGGAACCUGAUGGCUACUUUUGCCACUGAGAUGGAAAGCCUUGUCGCCCAGUAUCAACACGACCAGGAGAAGACGAUAGCGCGACACCUGGAAGUAAUCAAGGAAAGUCAGGAGCUCGGGGGGGAAAACCAUUACCUGGCAUUGGAGGGCAUGGAUUCCCUCACGGAUGUCUACAUCAUGCAAGGUCGACUGCAAGAGGCUGAAGAGCUUGGAAUUAAAGUCUUUGAGAGGAGCCAUCGGGUAUACGGAGACAAUCAUUAUGUGACAGUAUCUGCUGCAAAGACCCUGAGACGAGUCUACACCAAACAGAGGAGGUGGAAGCCGGCUGAAGAGCUCGCUUUGCAGGACAUCUACCUCGCCAAGAAAUUGGUGGGCGGGGAACAUUCGAGGACGCUCGAAGCUGUCGAAGAGUUGGGGAAACUCUACAUGGUGCAAGGUAGGUGGCAGGACGCCGAAAUGCUUCUGAUUCCAUUGGUCCAGACGCGAACGAGAAUAUCGGGCCGGAGGGACCCUUCUACGCUAAGAUCGAUUGCCUUAAUCGCGGAGGUGUACUACAAGCGCGGGAAAUGGAAAGACGCAGAGGAGGUCUUCUCUAAGGCUAUUAAAAUUCGAACUUCCGACCUUGGAGAAGCACAUAUUGACACUAUUAGCACCAGGGGAAAGCUCGGAGCUGUUUAUAUCGGACAGGAGCGGUGGAAGGAGGCAGAAGAGAUAUUUUCACGCAAUCUUGAGAUACUUUCUACCCGG